CAAUUUCUGCUUUUCGGUGGAGAUCAAGGAGGUCGGUCUCAAAAAUGUCGUCUUUUUCAGACCAUGCACUGGAAGAAAAGUUAAACGGGAUCAGCAACUCACAGCAGAGUAUCCAGACAAUGUCGCUGUGGUUAAUUCACCACCGAAAACAUGCAGGAACCAUUGUAAAGGUCUGGUACCGUGAGCUGCAGAAAGUGAAACCCUCCAAAAAAUUAACUUGCAUGUACCUUGCUAACGAUGUGAUUCAAAACAGUCGACGGAAAGGGACUGAAUUUACAACAGCAUUCAGCAGUGUUCUGGAUCUUGCAUUUAAACAUGUUGCAAGUCAUUCCGAAGAUGCUGUGAUCAAGUCACUGGACAGGAUUCUUAACAUUUGGCGGGAAAGAGGUGUAUAUGAAGCAGAUUAUGUAGAAAUUUUAAAAAGAGCAUUAGGAACAUCCUCAUCUAAUCAUCAUCCUCACACACCGAAGAAAAAGAGAAAAAUUGAGUUACCUGUAGAAGAAGAACUUGAAGAUGAGCUGUCACAGUCGCCACGGGAACCACCAGAUCCAGAGGAAUUAGUAAAGGCGCUAAAAGAACUGGAACAGUCAGCUUCAAGUGAUGCUGGUGUCAGGGAAAAAAUAGCAAGUCUGCCACAAGAAGUUCAAGAUGCAACACUUUUAGAUAAAAUUACCAAUAAAGAAUCAGCAGAACGAUUAUCAAAGAUGGUGGAUGAUGCUUGUUUGUUAUUAGCUGAAUAUAACGGAAGAUUAGCGGCCGAAUUAGAAGACAGAAAACAAGUUUCGAGAAUGCUGGCUGAUUUUAUCGCUGGACAAAAAGAAAAAUUAGCAGCUUCAGAGCUGAAAUUAGAAACAUAUAAAGAAAAACUUGCCAAAGUGACGCGAGUUCGAAAGGAGCUGAAAUCCCAUCUUCAAAAUUUACCUGACCUAACACUAUUACCUGAUGUAACUGGUGGUCUUGCACCUCUGCCUUCAGCUGGUGAUCUAUUUCAGUGA